CGGGUGUUUCUACUUCUUUUUUCUCGCUAUCUUCAACUUCGAAAGGCCACGCAAGAGGACAGCUGAUUCAGGGUGACUGAACAAUGUGAACCCUUUCCCCUGUAACCGCGGAUUGAGAUAUGGCCGGUCCAGUUUGCACAGAUGGAUUUUGCGACCUCUGGAAUUCCACUUGCGCUCACUUCGAUAUCAACCGUGUCUCCCAGUCCCGUCUGUUGGAUCGGCCCAGGCGAGAAUGUGCCUCCCACGGUGGUGUUGCAUCCGUCUCUCCGGCCCGGUUGGUGUGUCCACGAGCAGUGAGUUGGGUUGUAGGCUUGAAGCCAUGUGGUAGGCGACGAAGUGCUGGUUUCCAGCAUACCCUGCACCACGUUGACAAACUAGCAUACACCAUCCCCAAUAAGGUACCAUUAAACUUGCUCACCAGCCAAGACGGUGCCCAUUGAGCAAAGUUAACAACCUCGAGAUACUAUCAGCUCAAUGGGAUUGGAUUCGACGACUACGCAGCCGACAUACAUCUCGCGUUCGAAAGGCAUCCUGUUGGCUCCUUGCAGAGUCCGUUCCAAAGAGCGACCCUUUGCGAGAUCGUUUUAUACCAAAUGCUAAAGAUAUAUUCGAUCCGCCCUCAACGACCAGAGGUGUUCCUGCGGCGGCAGACAGCUCUUCAUUAUUACCCCUCAGUGCUCCGUCCUAACACUCUAGCACAACAGCUCCCAGGCAGCUAUGAAACAUUCUGCACACAUCUGGCUCCUAGGCCUUCUGGCCACGGUCUCGUUUGCCGGCGAAACAGGUCUAACAGGCUUCCACGCCAACAUCUAUGACCCAUACUGUGCUACAGCAUGCUUGCGAUCACUCAACGGUAUGACGCUGGAUUGCUCCAGCGAAGGCGUCACCGUCGGCAUGGUGACCUUUCAAACGUCGACGGAAUGCUACGCCCAGAACACGCCUUUCCUGACGAGCGUUGCAUGGUGCGUCCAUACCAAGUGUGCCACCCACCAUCCGUCGGCCUCGCUUCUGGAAUACUGGUGGGACAUGCAGGUCACAGGCCAGAAAGCCGCUGGGGUCGAGGCCGUGCCUGCGAAAUGGACUUACGGCGACACCCUCGCCCAUGUCACCGAGGCUCCAACCCUGCAACUCAGUGCAACAGAUACCGUCCUCAACACGACAUCUCUCGUCGCGCCUAGCACUUACGAGAUGCAGUACAACGUACUAUACGGAGUCCAGCGCGAAGGAACCGUCGAGAACGGAUACGGUAUCGCAAUCCUCGUGACGGGCUUCGGUACACCCGUCCUACUCACUUGGCUCGGCUACGUCCCCGUCAUCUCAACGCUCAUCCACAACCUGAAGCCGCACCUCGUGUGGCCAAGCACAAUCGGCACUUACCACGUCCGUCCGCUGCCGUACCUUCUAGGCAAUGCCCCCACGGUCGGCCAAUCCCUGUACAUUGCGCUGUUCAUCAUCCUGAACAUCAUCCUAACAUCGGUCAACUACGAGUCCCGCCAGCCCAACGCAUGGUACGCGACCCGGUGGCGCGAAAUCGUCGCCUUCGUGCUGUAUCGGACGGGCAACUUCGCGUACAUCAUGGCCCCGCUCGUCUUCCUCUUCGCCGGACGUAACAACAUUCUGCUCUGCAAGUAUCUCACGAACUGGUCCCACUCAACAUACAUUCUGCUCCACCGCUGGAUCGCACGCAUCUUCACAUUCCAAGCCCUCCUCCACUCCGUCCUGGCGCUGGUCCUAUACUGUGAAGAAGGCAUGUACGACAUGGAACACACCAAGCCAUACUGGAGCUGGGGCAUCGUCGCAACCGUAUGUACCGUAGUCCUCUGCUUCUUCAGCGGCCUCUACAUCCGGGCAUUGUUCUACGAAGCCUGGCUGCUGGUGCACAUCGUCCUUUCAGUCAUCGUCGUCGUCGCCUGCUGGUACCACGCCUACGACUUGUACGCUUAUCUCGGCGGUUACUGCUACUGGCUGUACGCGGUGAGCGCAGUAUGGGCGUUCGACCGGGUCGCACGGAUCGUGCGUGUUCUCCAUACGGGUCCCCGUCGCGCGGUGGUGACGGAACUCGGCGGCAAUAUUAAUGGCGAGGCCGCCUACGUACGAUUCGAUAUCCCCGGCGUGCGUUGGGGCCUCGAACCGGGGAACCACGCGUACUUCUACUUUCCAACACUCCACCCCCUGCGGCCAUGGGAGAACCAUCCGUUCUCGUUGCUACCCACGGCGCUGCUCGGUCAGUCGCAUUAUCUUGGCAAAACGGCAGACAGGCGCAGCACAGAAGACGAUCAUAAUUCGACGGACCAGAAGCAGAUCCAACAGGUACAAAUACACCACGGAGCGGAUGCGGAUGCGCAUGCCGACCCCGAGAAAAACAAGCACGGCGCCCUCACCGUCACCGCACGAACGCACACCCGAUUGACGAACGUGGUACGAGACGGCCCUCGUCCUCAUCCGACCGCCCCCACCGCCGGUCUGACGCUUUUCAUCAGGAAGGGCAAGGGCGCCAAGGGGAUGACGAGACUGUUACACGCAGACCAGAGCCUGCUCACCUUCAUUGAGGGCCCGUACCCCAACAACAAUCGUGGCACGACCCAAGUCCUACGCUGUGACCGCCUGUUACUCAUCGCCGGCGGCAUCGGCAUCACCGCCAUUGUCCCCUUUGUCGCCCAUCAUCGAAACGUGAAAUUGGCCUGGAGCCUCAAGGAGUCGGCAAAGUGCCUGGUCGAUGAACUACUCGGCGUAAGCACAGUAAACAGUGUUCUCGGCGCGCUCGCCGACGCCGACAAGGAAGUCCGUAUCGGUAAGAGACUCGAUAUUGCCCGCCUGCUCGCUGCCGAGGUCGAGACAGGCUGGCAGAGUGUCGGCGUGGUCGUCUCGGGUCCCGGUUCACUGUGUGACCAUGUCCGUGCAGCGGUUGUAGCGGCCGCGAAGCAAAAUCCAAAAACCGUGUUCGAGCUGGAGGUUGAGGCGUAUUCUUGGUGAAGGCCACGUCGUACACUGUGUCCGAGCUGGAGAUACUGUGUAGAGGUGUAUUCCUGGUGAAAAGCCGUACGCCGUUUCCAGUGAAACAGCUAUUGGCCUUCACCUUCACCAGGAUUCACUAAGAGGACUACAACCUGUGAGCAGAAGCAAGGAAGCCAGGCACCAGGUGGUACGUACGGUAAACAGGCCAAGCUCAGCCCGCCAGCUUAAUACUACCUAGGUAUUAGUUGUUGGGCAGGACUGUCUUAGAAUACCUUGAGUAGCAAAGUACUACCAUACCUUGGUACACACGAUUAACGAGGCUGUCAUUACCUUAAAUACCUAAAUAUGCAUUACUAUCUCGCCAUAGUAUAUACUAUGACAGCCUCGCGGACCUGUGUACUUGUCGCCCC